CAACGGAUGAAUUAAAUACUUAACUCUGGAACUUCGUUUUGGCCUCUUCCGCACUUGUCACGGAGAGAGAGAAAAAUAGAAGCCAAGAAAUAAGAAAAACAAGAAUGAAAUAAUAGCUCUUCUGUAGUUAAGACUUAAAGAAGGGAGAGAAGGGGGGACGAGCGGAUCGAAUACUCGCCUGUUUCUAUCGCUGCUGCCUCUGCCCCUAGGGUUUUUUCGGUCCCCAGGAGGGACGGAUGGAUGCGGGAGCUCAGCCCUCCGACGCCGACAUGGCGGAGGCGGGGCCGCCCCCUGGGGGGCCGGCGCCGCCGGCCGCUGCAGCGCCGCCUCCGCCCGGGCUGGAAAGCAUUCAGGCGACGCUCAGCCACGGCGGGAGCUUCAUCCAGUACAACAUCUUCGGGAACAUUUUCGAGGUGACCUCCAAAUACAAGCCCCCCAUCAUGCCCAUCGGAAAGGGUGCCUACGGGAUCGUCUGCUCGGCUUGGAAUUCGGAGACAGGUGAGCAAGUAGCGAUCAAGAAGAUCGCCAACGCUUUCGAUAACAGGAUCGACGCAAAGAGGACGCUGCGUGAGAUAAAGCUUCUUAGGCACAUGGAUCAUGAAAAUGUUGUCGCUAUCAGAGAUAUAAUACCACCUCCUGUGCGGGAAAUAUUCAAUGAUGUCUACAUUGCUUAUGAAUUAAUGGAUACUGAUCUCCAUCAAAUUAUACGCUCAAAUCAAGCUUUGUCCGAGGAACACUGUCAGUAUUUCCUUUAUCAGAUACUUCGUGGAUUAAAAUAUAUACAUUCAGCUAAUGUUCUUCACAGAGACUUAAAACCAAGCAACCUCCUCUUAAAUGCUAACUGUGAUUUAAAGAUUUGUGACUUUGGACUUGCGCGUACUACCUCAGAAACUGAUUUCAUGACAGAGUAUGUUGUAACAAGAUGGUACAGAGCACCAGAGCUAUUGUUGAAUUCUUCAGAGUAUACUGCGGCAAUUGAUGUGUGGUCUGUUGGCUGCAUUUUUAUGGAACUGAUGGACCGGAAACCUUUAUUUCCAGGAAGGGACCAUGUCCACCAGCUACGUUUACUAAUGGAGCUUAUAGGCACUCCAAAUGAGGCUGAUUUGGAUUUUGUGAAUGAAAAUGCAAGAAGAUAUAUUCACCAACUUCCUCGCCAUGCACGGCAAUCCUUCCCUCAAAAGUUCCCCCAUGUUCACCCUUUAGCUAUUGAUCUUGUUGAAAAGAUGUUAACAUUUGAUCCUAGACAGAGAAUAACUGUUGAAGAUGCACUGGCACAUCCCUAUUUGGCAUCCUUGCAUGACAUUAGCGACGAACCUGUCUGCAUGACACCCUUCAGCUUUGAUUUUGAGCAGCAUGCUCUCUCAGAAGAACAAAUGAAAGAGCUAAUCUACCGGGAGGCUCUCGCAUUCAACCCUGAGCACCGACAACAAUAAGAGUUUCCAACGGUCCGGUUUGUUGACCCUUGUGACCUUUGAUCAGCGCAAUUCAUGUGGCUUUUGCAUGCAACUGCUACUGAUUCGUCCAUGUAUAUAUAUGUGCUUCAGCAGAGCUUUUUGAUUCUAUUUGGUGGCUGUGAUCUGAUAGGCAGGGACUUGGAGUGGGAGGAUAUUUAUGGGUGAUUGUAUGGAUGCUUGUGCGUCUGUAUGAUACUUUUUAUGGUUAUUUAAAUGUGACUUGUUUCUACUUUCUCUAGUCAGUAUAAAUAAUGAAAAUCUAUGCUUGCCAUA